AUGGCAUCAUUAACACGCUUUUCAUUGACAUCAUCAUCGGCAUUAUGUCGUUUAUUAAUUAAUCGUAAUGCUGGUCUUAUUCAACAACAUUUACCUUCAAUGAUUAUUCCGUCCGCUGCACAACAACGAUCAAUUGCUACUACACCUAUUCGUCGUGAUAUUGAUUCAGCAGCCAAAUAUAUUGGAGCUGGUGCUGCAACUGUUGGUGUAGCUGGUGCUGGUAUUGGUACAGUAUUUGGUUCACUUGUUGUCGCCUAUGCAAGAAAUCCAAGUUUAAAACAACAACUCUUCUCAUAUGCCAUUUUGGGUUUUGCUCUGUCCGAAGCUAUGGAACUGUAUCAAAGACAAUGGAUACAUUCUAAAUCUUCUUUUGAUAAUAAACGAACACAGAAAGUCAAAUAUAUUAAUUCAAUUAAUGAACAAAACCUCAAUGAUAAUCCUAUUCAAGAUAAUAAUAUUGAUGAUGAUAAUGAAAAUCAAAAAUUAAAUAAUUUAGAAAAUGAUAAUGAUCAACAAAGUUUUUUAACCGCAAUAUUAUCAAAUUCAAUUGAAAAUGCUCAAAAUCACAUUGAAUUUUCAUCAGAUAUUUCUCAGUUUAAUAAUCGAUAUAACAUAUCAAUUUCACAACCUGGUUAUUAUGGACCAAUGCAUACAAUUAUGAGUAAUAUGAUUAAUUCUCGCAAUGAAAAUCAAAAACAAAAUUCAAUGAAAUGUUUUGAAAUUUUAAGUUCUAACAAACAAAUUGAAUGUGAGAAAUCUAAAAAUCAUAUGAUGAUAAAGUCUCAAAUAUUUUUUGAUGCAUCUCAAACAUCAUUUGUAUCUAAUAAAUUUACUACAGAUGAAAUACAAAAUGAAACUACAAUUCUUACUGAUAUUAUUGAACAAACAAAAGGUAUUCGUCAAAUGAUUGAAAUUUUACAUGAAGAUAUUUUACAUUUAAAACAAUAUUCAAAUAAACAAACAAUCGAUCAAAUAUCAAAUUUAUCAAUUGAAGAAAAAAAUAUUCUUAAAUUAGCUACAGAAAGUCUCAUUCAAACAAUUAUAUCAACUAGAAUCAAUAGAAAUACGAAUAUAUUAAAUAUGAAGAAACAUUCUUCAAACGAAUUAAUUAAAUUUUUUCAACACAAUGAAAAACAAAAAACUUCUUCGUCAACAUUCAAUGAUGAUCAUCAGCAAUCAGAAGAAAAAGAAUCAAAACGAUCAUCUAUAGUACAAAUCGAUAAUUCAACUUCAGUACAACUUCAAGAACCUAAAUGUGUUACUCUACAAACUUCAUUUGCUAUGAAUUUUAGUAUGCCACGUGUACCAACAAAAGCAACUGUAAUAAACAUUAAUAAUGAUGAUGAAGAAAUCGAUAAAUCAUAUAAUGAUGAUACCAAAACAUCACAAUAUAUCAUAACUACAAAUGAACAAUUUGAAAAUAUUUCGACAAGAAAUGAAGGAAAAUCAGAAAAUAAUUUACUGUUAAAACAUGACUCACUUAUUUACAAUAAUGAGCCAUUAUACUGGGCUGAUUAUUCAUCAAAACCUGAUCAUUUUCCUAAUGUUCUUACUCAAUCUGAUCUUCCGAUUGCUCAAUCGGAUAAUCAACAUUCAUCAUUUAAACAAGCAUUAUUUUCUCAUUUUCAUCGUCGGCCAAAUUUUACUUUAACAAAUAUUCCAGCAACUUUUCAUUCUUCAUCUCUCAAUGCUACUAAUAUAAGACAAAAGAAAAUUGAUUCAUCUCAUUCUAUUUCAUAUUUACCAUUAUCAAUCAAUUCUAAUGAUAGCCUAAAACAAUAUCAAUACAAUACAAUUAAAGAACGACAAAAACUAGCAAAAAAAUUACUUAAUCAUGAAGAAUCAUUUAAUUAUAUUUGGAAUAAGGCAUUAAAUCAUUUAAAACAACGAAUAUUUCGAGUUCGUAAAAGUCGAAUUAUUAUGUCAUUCGAUGAUAUUCAACAACAAAAAAACGCUAAUCGUGAUAACAAGAAUAAUUUUGAUACAUUAGUCGAUACUGUUGUAGAAGAUAUAUCGACCGAAAUUAAUCAUGCUCGCUCUCAAUCAAAUAUUAAUAGAACUAAUUCUGCAUUUAUUUAUCCAUUAAAUAAUAAUAAACAACAACCUAAAAUAAUUACAAAUGGUUCAGCGAUGUCUCUUUUUCAAUCAUUUGAUACAACUAUUCGAGAAGGUGAAUUAUCUUUAUACAAUGAUAAACAAUAUAAAUCUCAUUGUCAAAAUAAAAGUGUAAAUGAAGAUUCUAUAUCAGUAAUUAGUAAUAGUUUAUACAGUGUAACGAGUCAAUUUAUUCUUACAUAA